AUGACAGUGCUGCCCUCUAGCUGCUCCUGCAAGCUGCAGCUGAUGAGUGCCUCCAGGAGAACCCUCUUUAUUGAGAUGAUGUUUGGGGUGCAGCAAGGCAACUCGGACAUCUUCGUGAGCAGCCAAACUACAGAGGCGAUCUCAACCCCAAGCACAACGUGGCUAGAGAGCUAUGCUGUGGCAGAGGUGAAGUUCUUCCGGCAUAUGGCCAGGCAGGUCCCGCACAACAGCUUCCACCUCAAAUGCCCGCAGUUCUGUGCCCGCAUCCAGGUGGGCACAAGCUUUUCCACCUAUACCUUCAAGACAGUUGUGAUGCACCUCCUGAGCACCCUACCCCCCUCAGGCUGGCGCAGGAGGGAUUUCCUGCCACGGCUGGAGGAUAUCAUGGGGUACCUGUACUCCUGCCUGCAGGAGAAACACCUCAACCACUUCUUCUUUGGCAAUGAGAACGUGCCCGAGGAGAUAAGCUUGCCCCCCGCCUUCCAAACGGCCGAGCCACUCAACCUCUUCCAUCACCUGGCGCAGGAUCCGGCUGCCUAUGCCAAGGCACUGCACGAGUUUGAUGAGCUGCAAGCUCGGCUCACAAGACUGCUGUUCUACGGCCAAUGA